AUGACCAGUUCCGUGGAGUCAGAUUUUACGAAUGGGUCAUGGGAGACGGUAAUAGGAGCAUGAGGCUUGAAGACCAAGAAAUAGAGUGGCAACUAACCCAAAGCUCAUCGAAGGACCUUCGUACCCAACAAGGGGAGCAAAGUAGCCUGGGUGCAAAACAAAACAAGUCUGCCACAUAUCAGAGAAAAGGUUCCUCGAAGGGCACUGAAAGCUCACUUGAAAAUUCCGAUGCCAAAAAUGGACGAGAGAUCCCUGGUGCAUACCAAGAAAGUCAUAAUAACUCUCUGGUAAAGUCCGAAGACUCGCCAGAGGACUGUGGGACUUCGGAAAGACGAGGUAUCUUAGGCGCGUUCCAGCGAAAAUUCAAUGGCAGUGGUCGUGGAGUGGAGCCAAGGAGCUCUGGUGGGAGAAGAGGAAAGUACUUUCGGGUUGGUGGCACCAGGGAUGGUAUGGUAAGGGGAUGA